AGUGCCUGAUAAACCCACCGCCGACAGGCAGGCAGGGAAGGCAGUUCCGCAGCGUGUUUGCUCCGUGCGCUGCCAGCGGGCACUGGCUGCGAUCCAGCCCCUCAGCGCUGCCGUGCCGGGGACCUGGCUGCGGAAUUCCAACAUGAUUGCAGACGUCCUUGGAGGGGAGGAGCUCCUGUAGACACCAGCUGAAGCAAGACGCCUCACAAACCAAAGUUCAAGCCAUGCAUCACCUCUGUGUGCAGAUCUCGUGAUGAUCUCCAUGGAGGCUUGGGCACUCAAGGCAGAAAUAUGAGCAGCAUCUCCCCCUGUUGUCCAGCUCAGACAAUGCAGCGCUCUGCACCAUGAGGAAGGCGACACAUCUCCCGUUCUUUGUGAGCUGAUAUCAAGUAGACAGACACCUUCUGAAGUUUUGUGCAUGCUGUGCGCUUUUUUUCUUUGCUGCAACAAGAAAAGCCUUUUCUUUUAACCUGGCUUCCUUUGAAGAAGUAACUCAGGAAGCUUCAUGGCCUCUCAAGAAUCUCGGGGACAAACCAACCCCAUCUUUAAGGAUUACCUCCCUGGUUCUUCUGACAUUCCUGAACAGAAUAAGCCUGUUGAACCAACAAGUCUCUGGAAGCAAACAUCACACACUCAUAACUUGCCACCUGGUCUAGAGUACCUGAACCAGCUGGACCGGAUAAUUAUUCAUCAGCAAGUGGAGCUUCUGGAAGCCAUACUUGGCACAGAGACCUCCAGCAAAUAUGAGAUAAAAAACCAUUUGGGACAAAGAGUUUACUUUGCAAUAGAAGAAAAUGAUUGCUUUGACCGUAACCUGUGUUCGCCUAUAAGGUCGUUCACCAUAAGGAUCGCGGAUAACACGGGCCGAGAAGUGAUUAGAGUGAUCAGACCCUUGAGAUGCAACAGCUGCUGGUUCCCCUGCUUCCUGCAGGAGUUAGAAGUUCAGUCCCCACCAGGUACAACAGCUGGGUAUGUUGUACAGAACUGGGACCCUUUUCUGCCAAAGUUUACUAUACAGAACCAAAGUAAAGAAGAUGUACUAAAAAUAAUUGGCCCAUAUGCAACCUGUGGCUGUUUUGAAGAUGUUGACUUUGAGGUAAAAGCUCUCAAUGAGAUGACAACAAUUGGCAAAAUUUCCAAGUACUGGUCUGGAUUUGUAAACAACGUCUUUACCAACACUGCCAACUUUGGGAUCCAGGUCCCUGUAGAUCUUGAUGUGAGAAUGAAGGCAGUAAUGAUUGGUGCUUGUUUCCUCAUUGACCUAAUGUUCUUUGAAAACUCUUUGGAUGGAUUAUAACAAGAUGACAGAAACAAUGAAAUAUGCAGAAUGUGUUUCAGUAGAAUUCACUUGAGCUUUGGACGUGAUUUUGAACUGCAAAAAUCCUUGUUCCUUAUAGGAAAAGAUAGGGAGCUAAUGAUGAUGUUUAUUAAAAUAUGUCUCACGUAAAUAAUAAUUUGCCACUUACACUUUAUGUGUGUUGUAGCUAAACACAUACUUUUCACACAGAGCGCUGUUGCUUUGGAACAGUGCUAUUCUCUUCUUUCUCUUUUGAUGUUCCUGCAUGGAAAAUCAUGAAAGGUUAGAUGAAGGCUUGCAGCAUCAUUGAUGAAAGUCUGUGUUUAGAGAAGCCUUUGAUGUUUUGCAAGUGCUGGUACCAGUUACUAACCAGAGUGUGUUCUGGGGGUGUUGCUUCUUUAUAAUUUUAGAAGUAAUUUUCUGAUAUUUUAUUUAAUUAAUAGUAGCAAACUGAUAUUGAAAGUAACAAAUAUAAGGACAUCACGCCAUGGGAAGUUCAAGAUGUUACCUGUUCCAGUGUGUUGAAAGGAGGGAAGUUAUGUUGGCAGGUAAAUUAGUUUUAUGACAAAGAUUGUUUUGAUGAGUGGCAGCCAGAAAUUAGGCUUCCAGCACUAGACUUGAGAAUGUUAGCUCUAUUCAGAAAAUCUGGGCUUCCUCUAUUUCCACUGAAGGUAGGCCAUAUAUAAGAUUUGAGAGAUGGUCCUCUGUGUGCUAGAGGCACACAGAGCACUUCACUUUGAACUAUCUAGUGUUAAGGAUUCUUGCUGCCAUCCACUCAAGGUUUUCCUUAAAAGGUUUGUUCUUUAUAAUAUCUAGUGGUUGAUAAUUUUUCAUUCAGACUUGCCUGAGGCCAUACUAGAACUGAAUUAUUCUUUUCCUUUGGCAAGCUCAGGUAUUUUCUGUGACAGGGCUGUGCAAAAGGAGCUUUUUGUAGUUCAACGGUUGUACAUAGCUGUUCAUCCCUGCAGUAACACCUCAUACUGUUCCCAAACAUUCCCACUAACAGGUUUUUACUAAUACAAGUUCAUUUGUUGAAAAAUCUGUGAUAUAUAUAGAAGACAUAAACAGAAAUUUUUUUUUGUUGCAAAAUAUUUGCUGUAUGAACUUGCUUACGCCUCCCAAAAACUCCAGCGGGUCCUUCAAGAAGCAGUCCAGUACCCUACAAUAUUGGUGGUAAACCCAACAAAGUCACCAGUCAAGUUUCUAAGGGGAACAUUUUACAAAUCACUGGAAAUGCUGGAUUUUUUUUUUUUCAGUGUGAACCAGUAAUUCAAUUCUUGAAAACAACCAACACAUCAACGGAAAGAGAGGAGAUAAUGAAUAAUUCAUAAAAAUGAAAAAGAGCUAAAUUUAUCAGGUGAUUAAUUCUCAACAAAUAUUUAGACUAAUUUUAAAUUAAUGUUCAUGGAUAUGAAUUCAAACACAGUGAAGUCAGGAAGUUGCAACUAACGUUCCCAUAGUGAAAUUAACUCAGGAAUGCUUAUAGAUUUAAACAGUAUGUUUUAGAUUAUAUACCACACUUAGGUAUUUAUACAGAUUUACAUAUGUCUUGAAAAUAAUUGUGGUUAACAAGCUCUGACAAUCAUCAUUAUCUGUUAACCAUUUCAUUACUGGCUCUCGCUGUAACUCUCAGCAGUGCAAUCAGGCUGCACAAGUUAUGAGCUCACAGGGAACCAUUGCUGCCACUUUUCCCGGGAGGAACACCCUGUGAGCUUCGUGGGUAAGAAGCUCCCUCGUGUGGAAAUUUGUGGAUUUGCAGAGGAAUAAAGGAUGCUUUUUGCUAUUCUCGCUAAUUUCACACUCUUAAAUUCAGCCCUUUAACUCCUGACUUACUCUAAUGUAGACUGAGAAAAAGAACCAGAUCUUUAUAUUAUUUUUUUUCUUUAAAUCCCUUUUCCAUUUUAGACGGAAGUGAGUAUUGUUGUAGUCCAUAAUCUUGGGUCUUGUGCAAAACCAUGUUCGUGCACUGUUGUUGAGCUGUGUGUGUCUGAACUCUGAGCUGGAUACAGAGACUGGUAAGAUCAGCAGGAUCCCAGCCUAUCUCUCACUUUUCCUCUGCAAUUUCACUCUUCUUAUGACCCUUAAUAAGCCAAAGACACCUCUGAAGCAAAUCUGUCCUACCUCUUUUGAAGUCAAUACAAAAUAGGGUUUAUUUACCUGCAGGGCUGAGUUUGGCUAUGAGUGUCCACGUAAAUACCUUGUAGGUAAGCAAUACAUGAAAAUAUUUUUUUAUGAAUUGCAACCAGAUGAUAAUACUGGAUUUCUUGCACUUAGUGACUUUAUUGCUGUUUUGUGUGUUAAUACAACUUUUUUUGCUGUUAAUGUGUAUGUAUAUGAGUAUGUUUGAAUGCCUCUGGUUACAGUUAGAGGCAGCCCCUAGGACUUACAGAAAGAGGCUCAGCCCCUGAAUAAAACAAGCACUGGGGCUAGGAUAGCUCUUUCUGGUUAGAACUCCUUCAGCAGCCUGCUUGACUGAAUUUCUGGUAGAAAUUCAGUGCCAAUACCAGUUCUUUUUUCACCUGGAAGGUCGUUCAUCCAAACCACAGCUGCCAAAGGCAAGUAUUCAUCCUCAGCAAAGAUGAUGGAGUUCUGAGUGAUAUUACUAAAGGAGAGCUAACGUGUACUGAGAUUUUAAUAACCUGCAGCUUAUUAAUAGCAAUGUGUUUCACAUUAUGGGAGCUAUGCAUGCUCACCUUUCCCAGUUCCCCCACAGGCUAGGCAUGGCUCUCCAAAGGAGAAUUCAGUAUCUCCCAAAGGGUCACAGGUAUUCUCUAAACCAAAUUCACGUUCUGGUUAUACUCUAGAAAGAAACAUGAUAGUUCUAAUGAAACAGAAAUUUUACUUAAUCCAUCCAAGCAUAUAUUUUCACUCGUAAUCACUAACCCAACUGUAAAUCUAUGUAGCACACACUCCUUGUGUUCAGUAGAUGGCAGCAACAGCUCAUUAUGACAAUAUUUACCUUUUCACACAUCAUAAGCUGUACCCAGGAUGCUGAUUAAAGUUCAACAUACCUUUAACCUCUAA